ACCAGUUCAAUGACAUGCUUUUCCGCUAUAACGGAGAUCACAGUAUCGUUUAGCAUUCCUGUAUGCUAAACCAAAGUUUAUAUACAUAGUUUGUAUUCCUACAGGGAAUAUUUCAUUUUUAUUAUGUUUCGAUAAUGGCACAGAUAUGUAAACGUGAGUUACUUGUUUUCUCCUUUGGUCCUAUACAUUUCUGUUUUGUUUUAUAAAAUGAAUGAAGCUAAUAAAAAACGAGAAGGUUGCACAUGGACUCUUGCACUAACGGUGUGCUCUGCAGCCAUUGGUGGCACUUUUCAGUAUGGCUACAAUAUUUCAGUCAUCAAUGCACUCACAUCUCAUGUGCAGACGUUCAUUAAUGAGACAUGUAUGAAGAGAUGGGGUACAGCUCUUGAGUCUAGUCAGGUGACACUGAUAUGGACCAUUAUAGUUUCAGCUUUCUCACUAGGUGGACUAUUUGGAUCCCUGCUCGCUGGCCCAAUGGCAAUCCAGUUUGGGCGCAAGGGAGCUCUGCUACUGAACAACUGCUUCCUUUUUAUGAGUGCCAUCCUGGCUUUGAGCAGUCGCUCAGCUGGAUCCUUUGAAAUGAUUAUCCUUGCUCGUCUACUUGUAGGAGUCAAUGCUGGAGUUAGUAUGAACGUCCAGCCCAUGUACUUUGGAGAGAGCGCACCUAAGGACCUAAGAGGUGCUGUGGCCUUUUCUUCUGCUGUUUUUACUGCUCUAGGAAUCUUGUUGGGCCAGGUCACUGGUCUGACAGAAGUCCUGGGCAGAGAGACCCUCUGGCCAUAUCUACUGGCAAGCAAUGCUCUUCCUGGCCUAUUGCAGAUGCUCACCUUGCCUUGGUUUCCAGAGAGCCCACGUUACCUGCUCAUUGACCGAGGAGACCGAGAGGCAUGUGGCAGAGCCUUGAAACAGCUUCGAGCAUGCAGUAUUUUUAAUGCAGAGAUGGAAGAGAUUCUUCAUGAGCAGGCAGGAACCGGUGACACUCGUGCCAAAACUCUGUGGGAACUCUUCACCGACCAAGGUCUUCGCAGGCAGCUCUUCACUGUUAUGGUAGCCAGUAGUGCUAUGAUGCUGAGUGGUAAUGAUUCCAUUUACUUCUACGCCUCUUAUAUCUUUCAGGAAGCUGGUAUUCCUAUAGAGAAGAUACAGUAUGUCACAAUUGGCACAGGUGCCUGUGAGUUCACCUCUGCCAUUGUGUGUAAUCUACUGAUAGAGCAUGUUGGCCGCAGAUUGCUUCUUGCAGGCGGGUAUAUGCUCAUGGCUUGCUGGGCCGUGGUCUUCACUGUGGCUCUCUCAUUGCAAGGCAAAGUAGAGGGCAUGCCCUAUCUGAGUAUGGUUUGUGUGUUUGCCUACAUCUUGAGUUUUGGCAUGGGUCCUGCAGGGGUCACAGGGAUUCUUCCUGCCGAACUGUUUGAUCAAAUGGCAAGGCCUGCGGCUUACAUGAUUGCUGGCUCCAUGAUGUGGCUUAGUCUCUUGCUUAUAGGCAUGGCAUUCCCAUUUAUAGUUAACGGUUUAGGACAGUUCUGCUUCAUCCCCUUUGGUGCAGUUUGUAUGGCUGCAAGUCUUUUCAUUGGUUUUACUUUACCUGAAACUAAAGGGAGGACACUAGCAGAGAUCACUAAGGAGUUUGACAAGCUGAAUAGGAAAAGCACCUCUAACGGACUUUCUAAUCAUGGACCGAAUGAGCAGACCCAAAGCCUGAAUGAUCAGACACUAGAAUACCAAGAGACUGAAAAUAUUUGAUUUAGAGGGUUGCAGAUUGUGUUGCUAAAUAAUAAGUUGAACUUGAACUAAAGUUAGAAUCAAAGUGCAGCAUGGUUUUAUUUGUCAAAUAUACAAUGGGACGCUUUGGUGCAAAGGCAGUGAAAUGUAUUGAAAUACUUCAAUACCUAGUUUUGAAGUUUGAAAUGCUGUAAUUCCAGUGCUUGAAAACAAAAUUGGUGUUAAAGAUAUAUAAUAUUUGAGGGUCUACUUAGUAGUAUGAUAUUGCACUUUGGUCGUUAUAUAAUCAAACAAGCUUUACAGAGCAAUAAAGGCAAUGCACUGUUGUAUUUUAUGUGCUUGAUUAGCCUUAUUUAUUACGUCUUGUUAAGUUAAUAAUUUAACCUCUUAUUUAUUCUAAAGGCAUUUUUGUUAUGGCUCUGUCUGUUUUUCUACCCCCUUUUCUCUUUCACAUUUGAAGUGCUGCUAGGUAAUAUAAUAACUACAAUGUAAAAAAAUAUAUAUAUAAAAAAAAAAAACAGGUGCAUGUUGGAAUUUUAGGUGGAACUGUAAUCUGGAUUCCUUUGUCACAAAUGUAUGUUCUACUUUGAUCCUGUUUCUCAGAGUACUUCAAUCUAAAUGCCUGCAAAAUAAUGAAGAAAUGUAAUUUGCACUAAUGUAUCUUACCUCAAUGGACAUGUAUUAUGAAGCUAUUAUUUAUUCAUAUAAAAUAGUUUUUUAGUUACAUGUAUAAAAAGCAACAUCCAAACAGCAAUGCGUUAUAUUACACUACAAUCUUUUAUGCAUUUGUCAGAGAUCAAAACAAUUAUUGCCAAAUGCGUGCAUGCUACUUCUUUACAUUUUGUACCAGCAGAUGGCACUAUAUCACCAUCGUUCCUGUCUGAGCUGUGUUAAUCUACUCAAUUGAAUGCAGAAUUUUUCAUCAAAACAAGGUCACCCACACCAGCAUGUCAUUCCAUUCAGGUGACAUAUAGGCCUCAUAGUUGUGAGAUGAAGACAAUCGGUGUGAGCACUGGAUAAAUGACCUUAUGUUGUGCCUUUCCUUUGAUUAUAGUUCCACAUAGUGGCUGUCUACUGAACAUAUAGAAUGAUUGCUAAAGUUAUAACCUCAUAUCAAAUCAAAUGUACUAUCUGUGUCUGAAAAAAUGACUGCUGUUUCUGUGAAUGAAUGUUCUGAUGUUGUAAAGAGUUGCUUGAGGUAAUA